AAAGCAAAGGGACAGAUAGAUGCGUGUAUUAUCCGGAACCAAGCUAAAAUAUAAACCACAUCACUGUUUAGUGCCUGAGAUUGUUUGAAAAAAAAAAACAAAAACUAAGAUGAAAAAAGAAGUUUAUUCUGUUGCAACUUGUUUCCGGCGUUAUGAAGUGCUUUACUUACACAUUUUCGUACACGCGACAAUGGAGAUAAGAAGAAGAGAAUUUAUUAACUUUCGUUCGAACGAGUGUGUUCCUUUAUCGGGCGUUAACCAUCACGCGGUGACGAUUCGAUAGUAACUGAGUGCGCACAACGCGAGAAGAAGGUAGCAGCUAGUGGGCUGAACUGGUGUGUAUGUGUGUGUAUAGGGAUAAAACCAGCUCAAACAUGUGUGUAAGAAUUCUAGCCAGUGUCAUAAACCGGUGGCAAUGACGUUAGUGACGUUUAGUGACGUCGUUUAGUAGAAGCCAUAACCAAACCAUACGCACUCACACGCAUACAUUAAUCAAAUGACUGCAGAGAGGGAGCGAGAGAUAAAGGGGAAUGUGGAGAAUGCGAGCAGAGCGAUCGUAUGGAUUUGUUAAACAGUAAGACAAUUAAGUAAAAUAAUUUCCUAAGAACAAAACAGCACAUAAAUGCGCCGGCACACAUUCUCUUAAGCAUAACUAUCUAAUUACUAAGUAUAAGGCAUAUUAAGUAAGAAACCGAAACUCGAACAGCAGAUUAUCGUAGUUAAAAAAGCACUAUUACUAAAUAGAAAGGAGAGGAUUAGAAAGGAGAGGAGAGCGAUUAACUACUGUAACACAUUCUACUCCAAAAGCAGCCAUUUACUCGAGAAAUGGAAAUAAAAACCAAACAACAAAACAAGUUCGAAAACAUGACAAAAUAAUAAGAAAGGAAAGAGAAACAAACAUACAGAGAAGAAUUAAAAACAAAAAAAAAAGAAAACAAGAAAUCGCCAAGCCGAUGUUUGUUACAUAUUAGGAUAAUAAAUUUUUUUUAAAACGAAAUAUUAUAUUCCAGUAUGAACAGCGUGAGUUCUUAUAAGCAGUUAGCAAAGUGGAAGUAAUACAUAAGCGAAGCAAAAUGAAACGAAAACUCGUACACAGCCAACCAAAUUUGAAAAUACACAAAACAAACAAACAAAAUUUAGCGAAAUGAUAACACAACAAAAACAAACAACAAACCAAACACUGACCGUGUUUGCUAAUUUUGUCUAGUAAGUAAUGACGAAAAACAACAAAAAGAACAACAACAAAAAAACGUAGAAGAAAAACAGUGGAUCCGAUCAUAUAGCAGCGUAAAUCGUUUAGCGUAAAAAUUUUGCAAUUGCUUACAAAGGGAAGUAAAUUGGUGGGGGAGAAGGAAAACCACAUAAAAGCGCACACACUUAUUGUCUGUUGUAUCGCAUGCGCAAAUAGAAGUUGUUGAAAAGGCGGGGAAGUAAGCAAACAUGGUAAAUGCAUGUAAACAGACUCAUAUAAAAAUAAGCAAACCAACACUAGGUAAAUGAAGCAGAUAGCAGAAAGGAGUAUAAUAAACCAAAGCAAAGUAAGAUAAACGUGAGGUAAUGAGUGAAACUAAUGGUGAAACUUUGCGAAACUAAGCACAGUUCAUGAAUACAUCACCACUGGUUAAUAGUGUGGAAAGAUCGAACUAAUAUGCAGAAGAAAAAAACUACACAUACACACACAGAAAAUGAGUAAAAUAUGCACACACUCACAGACUCUCUACCACACACACUCGCACAAACACACAUUCGCACACGCUGUAUAAAAAAGAGUUUGGUUAUGUGGGAGUACGCAAAGAACACAGAAAAAGAACGAUAGAGCGAGUAGGCGAGGGAGCGAUAGAAAGAUAGAGAGAGAGAGAGAGAGAGAGAGAGAGAGAGAGAGAGAGAGAGAGAGAGAGCGAAAAAGUGAGAUAAAAGCAGGAAGGCAAAGUGAGAAAGAGAGUGGAUGCGAGAAGGAGACAGAACAAGAGAACGGAAGAGCGAAAUAUUGUGAAAAGAAGAAACAGAAAGAGAGAUAGAGAAAGAGAAAGAGAGAGAAAGCAGAUAAUGACUAGCAUGAAAAUAUAACCGAAAGAAAAACAAGAAAAAAAGCGAUCGUAAUUUAGAAUAGUAAAGAAAAUAAAUUUGAUAAUUGCAACAUAUUUAGCUAAUUAAUAAAUUUGGUAGCUCGUAGACGAUACAAAUAGACGAAAGAGGAUUUAUAGGAAACAUUAGUAAUGAAGCAAAUAAAUAACAAAUCAAGACGAAAGGUAAACGAAAACAAGCGUACGCGUGUGCGUAUUGCUGUGUGAUCGUUUAUGUGCGUGGGUGUGUGUGAAAAAGAGAGAGAGAGAGAAAGUGAAUGGGAAUGUAUGUGUAUGUGUGCGUUUGUAUGUGUGUGGGUAUGUGUCACAGGAAUCCUAUGAUAGGAGGAAGCUCGAAUUAGCACAACAAACACUACGUUUACAUUCAAAAUUCCAUCGUAACCAUUUAAUUGCGAACAAAACAAAUCAAUUAGUGUGUUUGAGUAACAAAAAACAAUCCCAAACCUUCGAGAUUUAAACGGUGGGUGCAUAUCUUCUUCUGUAUAGCGGACAGGGUCUCACUCGCUAUCUUGGUUUAGUGUUGUUUCUACCACCUCUCAUCCGCAUCUGGUCACCAACAACUAAUUCAACUGCUUGUAUAAAUUCCUUUACGCAAUGUUUACUAUCAAAACACACACACACACACACACUGACAGUGAGCUAGAUUGUUUCAGAUACGUGCAAAAGCCUGUUUUGCGUUUAAUUGCAUGUACGACACCGAUUGACAUUCUGUACUGACAGCGGUUACGUCAACCGAGUUUGACGUUUGAUGCGCUAGCGUGACGGUAUCACUACCAGUUAACACUACCUCCGCCAAUGCAUGCUGAUUUUCGAUUGAAAGCUAAUUUUUCCCCCUACUUAAGCGUUUGAAAAGGAUGGCCAAUGCCUGCAGCACCACGGCAUCAAAGAAAAAAAAAUACCCAAACCACUACAUAAACGAGGCUCCACAAACUGUGCAACUGCCGAUUAAACAAAAGUGCAAAUACCACUCUCUGUCUCUGUUUCAAGUACCUGAGCGGAACCGGCGUAUCGGCACGCAUCACCUUGGCUACUUCCGAUCGUUCCCAAGUAUGGAUCCACUUGUGGGUAAACCGGGGUCGGGAAAGGAGAUGCAGGCGUUUGCGGGGUGGUGAGAUAGCAUCUGAGAAUGCAAAAAUACGAUCAAGUGUAUGGUAUAAAUCAACCUACCGGAUUCGGAACCGACAGAGACAUUAUCACACAAAAACGAAGUGGUGUUAGCUGUAGAGCAACGAAAAAAGAACAAUUAAGACAAAAAGUUCCAUUCAAAUCUAUAAAAAGCAAGAUGGAAGCUUAGCUACGAGAGAAACAAAAGCCCUAAUGAUAAGGUAGAGAUUGCAAAGAAUAUUAAAGAGUUGUGAAGAAAUAUCGGAAAUGGACAAAAAACUAAUGCAGCUAAAUAUCAGACAUAAUAUCUCAAAGACCUCGCUCUCUUUCUCUCGUUUCCCUACCGUUUGUUGUUUUAUUUUAUUUUCCUCUUCUUUUGUCAUGUUCUUGGCUUGUAUGCUACCUUUGUCUCUGUUCUCUUUUAUUUCUUGAAGCUCAUUUCCUAUUAUUUACCUGUUAUUACCUUUUCGUAUUUCUCUUAUUUACUUUUAAUUUCACAUUUAUUUAACUCUACAAAGUUGGACUAACUCUUCAAAUAUUGGACUUUUGUUCAAUGUGUUCAUACUUAUAAUCGGUAUUGCAAAGUUAAAACUGUACUUCUUUGUUGUUUUUAACUUAAGUUUACUAUCAUUUGAAAGAAAAAAAUAAGUUACUUUUAGUAUAAAUAUAAACAACAAACAAAGCAGAAACAGGAAGAAAAAGGUGAAAGAUACGAGCAAAAUAAAUGCAGCAGACAUUGCCACAUUUCAAGCACAUAAAAAAUAUUGCAAAAACUAAAUUCUCUCCCUGCGUACAACAGUACUGCAAAUCGUUUCGUGUGAACGUCAAUUUUGUAUACAAAUAUCAACACACACACACACACUCUCUCACCUCAAACAAAAACAACGGAAACAAAAUAAAUUUCACUAAUCCGGUUCACGGUAAAGAAGUCAAUAGAUGACUCACUACUAAAGCGCGCUCACACACGCACACCAGUGGGUGUGCAAAACACAGACACGCAAAGCAUAGUAUGGCACUGUAGUAGACGAAGCCACUAACACAUACAAUAAAACUCUCACCCUGAUGUGCUACAUGUGUAUGGCAACCAACCCGUGCGUCAUGUACUAACGCUUCCCAUUAAUCGUGACAUUUCCUGGUGUAACGUUUAACUGUCAUGUUUUUUUGUUUUUGUUUGUGCGCACACACUAGUAAACGACCCGUUAUCGAUUAGCCGUGCGUAUGGAUGUGUCAAAAAGUGUAUUACAAUGUUUUACCGUACCGCUACACUUAACGCGUCGCGUUUAAGUGCUGUUCUUGAGAAGUUGAAUUGAAGUUUGAAGCUUUGUACCGUGCGCGCCUGCCGAAUGGAUGGUUUGUGCGUAAGAGCAAAACCCCCGUUUGAUGUGCAAGUCAUUCACCGUAAAUCUUGUAUACACAUAUGAGAGUGAAAACCGUGAGACGGACACGUACUGCGUACGAUACCACGCUGUCUUUAAUCGCUAAUAUGUCAAACGUCAAAAAGUGCCAGCCAUCUUUGCAACGCGUCGGGGCUGUGUGUUGCCACAACGGCAUAUUUUGACCGUUUUGUUGCCCGAGAUCGAACCAAACAAACUUGCAGUGAAAAGUUAUAUAAACGGGUGCAAUCAACACGCAGCCCUUUACUGAAGCGAAUUAAACAAAAUAGCAAAACAAGAAAAAAGGGAUAAAAAUAACAAAACAGCAACAGCUCAACAGAGGAUUAACGAAUAGUUGAAUAACGAAUGUAACAAACCAAAAAGAGAAGAGUAAACAAAACAAGCGCUUCAAUAGAGUAACGAAAGGGUUCGCAGUAGCAGAAUGCGCACGAGCGAACAAAACAAUAAACUUAAACACAAUACACGGUAAUUGAAUAUAUCAAUUGAAGCGGAAUUAUUCUCCUUCCCUUUACCAUUCCUUUUCCUUCCUUAACAAAAAAAAAACCCCGCAUCAACAUCGCCCGCCAAACGUAAAGAAUUGAAGAAAAUGCAACAAACAUUGUGUCCCGGCGCGAAAAGUAGGGUUAACUAAUCGCAGGCCGGCGCUUACAUGGCGAAACGUCAAAUGGAGCGCAUUAGUGAACGGGCCAACACUAACGCACACACACUAAUACACACACGUACCAAUACCUUCAGCGAAUGAGUGAAUGAAAAACAACCUGCAAAUGAGCACGUAUAUAAUACAUCAAACUAGAAUAAAUUCAUCCCGUCAUAUAGAAUGCGUAAAUAUAAAAAUGCGAAACCGGGCGGAACGAAAAAAAAGAUAAAAAAACACAAAUACCCACACACAUUCUCACACAUACAUACACACAAGCAAAAACCAAGAAGGAAAAAAAUUGUCGUAAACGUUAUUCUAAAUUAAUUGUACAUAUUUGUCACUAGCGUCACUAGUUAACUAGGAUUUAAGGGAAAAACUAUAGUGCUACAAAAUGAAGCAACUCGCGUUCAGUGGCGACCGAGGGAAGCUAGCAAGACAAAACUAAACAGAACAAAGCAAAACAAACAAAGGAAAAAAAGAAAAAAAAUGAUAACACCGAAUUAGGCGUUUCAUAAUGGUAGUAGGUCACGUUGGGCGGAUAGAGUAUUAAUGCAUGGAAAUAAUUAAAAAAAAAACAACAACAAACAUUCACACACCUAAAUUUAGAUGAGAACAUCUUCCCACCCGCCCCUCAUUAUUCCCUUUCCGAAGAUACAACCGCGAACGCAGACACACAAAACACACCUACACAAACACAUUUAUCCAUUCAGACAGUAUGCAAACAGUAGCAGUAAUGCGAGGAGACAAGACGAAGCAGGGGGAAACGAUGCUGACUUGUUAGGAUAAGAGAAACCCUGAAUAAAAUACCCUUCUAACACAUGAACAAUUUGUUACUAAUAGUGCUGUGUACGUGUACAUGUUGUGUUUUUAAUCGUUGUAGUAAUAGUAUAUUAUUUUUGUUAUCAAAUAUGUGUUGUUUCGUUAGCGAACUGCAAACGCAUCUACACUAACACCAUUCUGCUGAAUAAUGUCUGAGGUGCAGGCAAACCUUUAUGUAUGCAAAGUAACGUUAACUACAUCGAUUCACCCCUUGGCAGCGUCAGCAUCAAUAGUGGUUUAAACCGUGACGCCUAAAACACCGUAGGAAUCAGCAACUGGGUACUUUGCCCUGCGCAUUGCAUACCUUUGGGCGUUGCAAUUCAUAAACGCUAUCAAGUGGAAUGCCAUCGGAAGGGGGUUCAUUCGUUGGUUUGUUUUUUACAACAACCGUACAUUUACUUUACAUAUAAGUUUACAGAUUGUUUAGUAAAAUGCAUACAACAUACGGUAAAAAACUGAUAUUGCAUACACGUUGCAUACAUUUUGGCGUAAAACCUAAAACAAAACUACUCGUAGGUGGUACAAAGUGCGUGCUACCGACAUUGGACUAAUAGUGCAAUCAACUGUUUGAAGCAUUUCUGACGAAAUUAAUUUAAUAAAUUUUCAUUAAUGGCGUUAAUUACAAAAUACUGAAGAAGGAAAUGCUUAUAUGUUUUUAAUAUCAUGGAACUUAGUUAUUGUAAAUGAUUGUAAUUUUUUUUAACAAAGCGGAUCUUUUGUAUUGAGCAUUUAAAAACGUUAAAUUUAUAGUGGCCAUUUUAAACGGCUAAUUUGAGCAUUACUGCAGUACGGAAAUCCCAUUGUAUUGGAAGCGAUAUUUUUUUAUUUUUACGCCAAAAUGUAUGCAAUGUGCAUAACCGGGCGACAUUAAUUUUAUGUCCAACGAAGCUACAAAUAAUAGAAGCAAUGUACCUUUUUUUAUUAAGUAAGUGUUCAAAACCAAUCAUUUCAUAACGAUCAUAACGAUACGAUCGUCACAAUUACUAAACAAAAAAAGAAUCACUGUAUAACAAACACACUUACAGCCCAAUAAGCCUAUUCCGGACGGACAGAACAGAAAACAAUCGAACGGUGUUGUGUUAGGGCGAAACGCGUAUUAAACAGGAAUGAAAAUGAAUUACAAAACCAAAACACACUCACUCACACACACUAGUAUAGAAUGCAGAGAUGGAACCAAAACUAUCUAAACAUCAUCAAAACCUCAUCGUUACUGUGCUGCUGUAAUUCAUGUAAUGAUCGAUGAUCUAAAGCCAACUACAUCCAUUCAAACACGUCGGAGUUAAAUGAGCUCCACCCUGGCUCUGGAAGUACCCCGCAGCGAUGGGAGUUUGCGGUCGUAUACAACCACACAUAAGCUACAACUACAGGUGUGUGAGGGUGUGCGUGUGUGGCAACAGGAAUAAGUGUCAUUGUCAUUGAUUCCGAGACUGUUAGUACGCACUCACACGCAUACAUACAUAGAGAUGCACAACUCUCCAUGUACUUAGCAUGGUUGUAAUAGUGUUCCGUGGUAUAAUUACAGUGCGUUUCAGAAAACAGUACUACAUACACACACAUACAAAACCCAGGAGAUGACAGAGCUUUUUCUUUUACGGAAAAAACAGGGAGGUUUUAGAAAUCUUCGACCCCCUCUAUAUGGGAGAUUGUUGUUGUGGGGCUGAUAAAGGGAAUUUAAACAGCAACAAAACAAUAGCCAAACAAGCUACAUAGAAGAAAAAUAUUAAAACAGAAUCACAUUUCGCAAGAAAUCAGCCAAGAGGUACAGCUGAAUAGUGUAAAGAUGGCGGACGAGUUUUGUUUUGUUGUACAGAUUUUUUUUUCUUUGUGUUUCACUACUAACACCAUUUUAUCGCGAAAUAACUCAAACCAGCGUUAAAAACUAAUAAAAAAUACAAUUGUAAGAAAACGAAAAAAAACACUCAAGAGAACAAAAAAUUAACAUACAGGAAUUACAAAAACCACACACACGCAUACACAGACAUUCUAACGCAUAUGUGCACGAUAGAGUUGACUGUUUACAGCGACAGGGCAGGAAGACAAACCUCUCAUCGAAUGAACAAAUGUAUUGAAAUCACAUUCAUUAGGCAACGGUCAUGUAAAUAGUAUGUAAUGCGCCGGUGAAGCCGUUAAAUGGCAGACGAACGAGCACAAGCAAAUCACCUGGCCAAGUAGGCCGCACGCGAGAAUAUAGAACAAACAACAAUAACGUAGAACACAGAACAACAACAAUAAGAAACAAACUUGCGUGCCCAUAACCUAUUAGAAAACAAAACAUAACAAAAAAAACAACAAAACCACUCACAAUCACAUUAUUCGGUUCGUUCAUAUUCAUACUGAAAUGCACAGAAGAAGAAAAAAACACAUACAAAAGGGAAAAAAAACAAUAAAAAUGUGAAAUGAUUUUAAUCAAUUGAGAAAACUUACCUUCUGUUAUGUAAAAGUCACACAAAAAAGCAGUAAACACGUAGGAAAGGAAGAUAAAAUGGUUAAUCGUCGGUAAACGUCAAGAAUGCACUAGCUUUUGAACAGUGAAUAUGGUAAAACUAUAGCUCAAAGUUCCGAACAAAACAAAACAAGAAUGAAAAACAAAAGCGUUACAACAACAAAAAAUAAACAAAUCGACUUAUUUAUGGCGGGGGGGCUGGCGGAAAGUGGUUGGAGCAAGCAAAAUGGGGAGAAAGAAACAAAAAUUAAAAGAGAAGAAUAAAAACAAACAAACUAACACACACAUCGCUAGCACCACUUACUGACUGACUAUAAGGAAAUGAAUUACCGAAUCUACUCCGCGGCAGAAUUCCGCGUAUCUUGCACAUACAAGUUUGUAAAACUAAAAAUUGAAAUGUCACCAAAAGAAGGAUAAGAGUAAGAAGAAGAAGAAAUAAACCGCCAAAACGUGUUUUAUGUUUAUCAUAUCAUCGUAUGGGAAGAUUAGGAGAAUUUAAAAAAAAACACACAAACACAAACACACACAAACACAUAGUUCGCAUCAAAGUAAACUUCCAAGCCAAACCCUUUCCCUCGCCCUCCCUUUCAUACACAUUGCAAAACAAACAAUAAUAAAAAAACAGAAAAAGAAAACAAAUGUUCGUUCAUACCAAGCUUAGUGAAAUAAAAGCAAACAAGAAUGAAAAAAGAAGAAAAGAAAAAAAAAACAAAUGAAAGUUUUGCAAAACAAUGCAAAAGAAAGCAAAACAAAACACUGGAAUAUAAUAAACUCACAUCUUUACAUGAUACUGCCGUUUUUUGGACAAAAAAAAACAAACAAACAUACAAAAAGAGAAGCAACACACAAAACACACAUAGCCACGUAAUGAAGAAAAACAUGAACAUAAUGAGAUGCUCACAUUUGUUACAUUAUUCCACUAUGUGUCAUAUUAUCUCCAAAUAAUAGGUUUUACUCGGUCGAUUGCAAAAACAAACAAAGAAACCCGUGGUUAUAAUGGAAUCUGUAAAACAAAGCGCGCGUGCACACACGGCAAAAUAUACGAGAAAAGAAGAACAAAAGAAAGCUGCAUAACACACACACACACACACACACACACACACACACUUACACAGAUACACACAA